AUGUUUCUGCCCAGAGCAGCAGGCGCCUUCAUGGCGGAGAGCGGCAAGGUCGACGAUGAGUCGCUGAGCAAGGAGGCACCGACCAAGUGUCCCAACUACAACGUCGAGGACCCGACGCGACGCAUAUGGGUUUUCACCACGGCAAGCUUGCCGUGGAUGACGGGCACCGCUGUGAACCCUCUGCUACGGGCGGCUUACCUCACUCGGGGACGCGACAAGGGGAAGGUUACGCUAGGGGUGCCGUGGCUUGUGGACGAGGACCAGGAGAAGGUCUACCCCAAGGGGAAGAGAUAUGCAGCCAAGGAAGAUCAGGAGGCUUACGUUCGCGAGUGGCUCGUCAAGGCGGGCCUCGAGGAAGAGUCCAAGAAACUCGACAUUUUGUUCUACCCAGCGAGGUACCACGAGCAGUUCGGGUCCAUCUUCCCCAUGGGAGACCUCGCGGCGCAGGCUCCCGACGAAGAGGCUGACGUAGCGGUGCUCGAGGAGCCGGAGCAUCUCAACUUCUUCAGGGCGGAGGGUGUUCCAUGGCUCAACAAAUUCAACUACGUGGUGGGUAUCAUCCACACCAACUACCAGUUCUACGCCCGGGGGGAGAAGCACGGCCGCGUGAAGAAGCCGAUAGUGAAGGCGGCCUGCGCCUUCACGGUAAGGGCUCACUGCCACCGGAUCAUCAAGCUCUCCGACGCGCUGCAGGGCUAUGCUCGGGAGAAGGAGAUGGUGGAGAACGUGCACGGGGUCAGGCCUCAAUUCUUCGAGGUUGGGGACGAGGCUGUCAAAAACGGCUUCACGGGCGACGCGUACUUCAUCGGCAAGGUGCUGUGGACAAAAGGCAUAGACAUCCUGCUGGCGCUGAUGCACAACGCUCGGAGCGCCAACACCGACGAGUCGGACGUCAAGCCGGACGCUAUCGUUGCCGAUGCCGCGACUGCCACCGCAGCAGCACCCGCCGAUACCGACGGCACCGGUUCAAACGAUCCACCACCGCCGCCACCGCCGCCGACGCCGUCAUCGUCUUCCGUCAAAGAGGACGAAGCGGGGGGUGAGGAAGGGGGUGACGUCGGUGCCGGCGACAGCAGUCGAGGCGGUGCCGGCGGUGGCGGAGCCAAGCCCUUCCCGAUCGUCAUCUACGGCAACGGCAGCGACUUGGACGAGGUGAAAGAGAAAGUCCAGGAGAUGGACCUUCCGGUUAGCUUCCACGAUGCGAUCGACCACGCCGAGCUCGGGAGCUACAAGGUCUUCGUUAACCCCAGCCAGAGCGAGGUCUUGUGCACCACGAUCGCGGAGGCCCUGGCGAUGGGGAAGUGGGUCGUCUGCGCCAGGCACCCUUCGAAUGAGUUUUUCUUCAGCAACUUCGAGACGUGCCUGUCCUUCUCCGACGAGAGGGAGUUCCUCUCGUGCAUGCAGAAGGCGUUGUCUGAAACACCCCCGAGACUGUCCGAAGAGACGAGGCACAAGCUGAGCUGGGCGGCGGCGACGGACAGAUUUAUGGCUGCCGCUUCCAGGCCCGAGGUUCCUGGCCGCAACAACACGUCGAAAUCUGCUAGAGGUUUGGCGAGGCUGGAUAAGCUGCUCGCCGCGCUCCACCAGCACACCAUGAAGGGGAAGCGGGGCGACCUCCUGCGCCAGGCGAUGGGAGGGGGCCCCGUGGCGAAGCAGAAUCAGCAGCAGCAGCUGCUGCUGCUGCUGCUACACCCGCAUCCGCAUCCGCCGACACCAGCCCGAAUGACGGUCAAGCCGUAGCCACCGAGGCAGCAGAAGCGGCAGCAGGCGGUGAUCACAGCAGUAGUGGCGGCAGUACCGAAGCGGCUGCUGAAGUCGGAAAUGUCUGAUGAUGCCGAGGAGGGAGGGCGGUCGUCUUAUCGUCUUACCUUCCUUUGUCCAACACGUGUCUCUUUCGGACUGUUCGCGCGGUUUUUGCGAUUUUUUUUUUUGUUUUUGGUCGUGGCAUUUUAGCCUGACAAGGAAAGAGCGUACUGGGUAUCCGAUUGUAGAUUACGCGAAGUCUUGCACUUACACCCAAGAGGCCUAAAUGUGGUACGCCACCCUUCCACCCGUGUGGAGGGAUUCGUGUGGUCGCCAUUGUGUUUUCUGUUUCUUUUUCUUAUUACCUUCCGUUUGCUCCGAUUAUUGAGUGCAGGAUAGUGUACGAAAAUGUUCGCGGCGCCCGUAAAGGCAAACCUGGUGAAUUGUCUCCCUGAUUUUCAUAACUAGCGUCCUUCAGUUUUCAGCUACCAUUGUACGUACAUACGUACGUUGUUGUGGUUAUCAUAACUUCUUUGUUUGACGCUCUUGUGGUUCAGUAAACAUCGACCCUAUCCCUUGGUUGCGAGGAGAGGAACAUGUCAUGCCAACCGUGGUGUAGUACCUUCAGAGGAAAGUAAGGUACUGUAAAAUGAGUAAUUUAUUGUAGAUCUAGGAUU